CUCCUCCGGUCGGCCGAGAAACCUUCUAGAAUCUUCUAGACUCCUCGCGCACGCGCAGAACCCACCAUGGCGCGCCUCCACCACUUCCUGUCCCGCGCCCUCGCCUCCCACCCCCACCCCCACCACCUCCUUCUCCCGUCUCCGCCCGCCUCUAGCCUCCGUCCAUCCUUGCUCCUCUUGCCGUCGCGGACGACUCCCCCGCUCCGCUCGCCGCCGCGUCAUUAUCCUCCUCCGCCGCCCCAUGGUCGCGGCGCACUCCCCUCGCACGCCGUGGCCCCGCGGCGCUACGCGUCGUCGACGCCGGGACGCCGGAGGCGCGCGCCGCCGGUGCUGCUGCGGCGGAGGAGGGCGAGGAGGCCGUCGUCGUCGUCGCGGAAGGCCCGCCCCGGCGAGCUCAACGUGAAGAUUGGCAUCGAGGAAGCCCUCCCCGACGACCCCAGUAUCAUGAGCAUUGCAGAGGCCCUUCAAAUGGAUGUUGCCAAGGCGAUGAAGGUGGCCUUUGAACGCCUCGAGAGCUUGGAGUUCAUAACCAGAGACAAGUGUAUAACUAAUCUGAAUAACUACGAUAUCGUUGAGAUCUCUAUACUGCUUUGCGAUGAUGAUUUCAUUCAGAAACUGAACAAAGAAUGGAGGGAUGAAGACCACGCUACGGAUGUUCUAUCGAUGUCGCAGCAUAUCCCUGGGCUUGACAUACCCAUUCUGCAGUUGGGUGACAUAGUGAUAUCGGUUGACACAGCCCAGCGGCAAGCGGAAGAAAGGGGUCACACGAUGCUUGAUGAGACAAGAAUACUCAUGGUGCAUGGAUUAUUGCAUCUAUUGGGAUUUGAUCAUGAGCUUGGCAAAGUGGCUGAAGAAGAAAUGGAGAGCGAAGAAGAACAUAUAUUAAAUACUCUCGAGUGGAAAGGGAAAGGACUCAUUAAGAGUGCAUAUAGUUCUAUUCAUGACUUUGAUAACUCGCAAAACCAUGUUGAGGCUAGUAGAGAUAUAGAUGAAAUGAACCUACAAGAACGAGAAGUUCAUCCGCUAAAACUGCGCCAUGUUAUAUGCGAUAUAGAUGGUAUUGUGGAUAAUGAAGGAAACCUGCAUGAAGAAUCAAUACAAUCUUUGAGAGAGGCAGUUUCAAGGGGAACAAAUGUUAUCUUGGUGACUGGAAAGACCAGGGCUUCUGCAGUAAGAACUUUCAAGCUUCUUAAUUUGGAAGGAGAAGAUCAUUUUAUAUCAGAGAGUUCACCUGGUGUAUUUCUGCAGGGUUCACUUGUUUAUGGAAUGCAUGGUCGAGAGAUUUACAGAGCAAACUUAAGUGUGGAUAUCUGCAAUGAGGCAUUUUUGUACUCCUUGAAGUAUAAUAUACCUUUUGUUGCAUACUGUGAGGAACAAUGCUUGACCCUCUUUGAACAUCCUUUUGUUGACUUGUUGCACACACUGCACCAUGAGACCAAGGUAAAAGUGGUGCCUUCAGUUGAGGACCUCUUGGGAUAUUCAUCUAUUCAGAAGUUGCUUUUCCUUGACAAUGCGGAUGGGGAGUCAUCUAUACCGAGACAGCAUUGGUCAGAACUAACACAAGGGAGAGGACAUGUUAUCAAAGCGCAUUCAGAUACGAUUGAGAUUGUUCCCCUUAAUGCUUCAAAGGGUGGUGGUAUAAGGAUUUUACUUGAUCAUCUUGGAAUAACUGAAUUUUCUGAUCUUGAUGCUGUUGGAGACUAUACCAGAUGGCUAAGCAACAAGUAGUCCAACUGACAUAUUUACUUAACCAUUCUUAAGCAAAAGUUUGGUGAUAAGCUUGGGAUAUUGGAACAAAUGACAUGAAUAUGGGAUGCACACAAACGGAAAAUAAAAUCAAGGAUUCCAUAUUGAACAUGUAUAUUUUGAAGCAUAUAAAAAUGGAACUUCAUAACACUGUUCCUUUGGGCUGGAAGAAAAGCUACUGUACCUGCAUACUUUGGAAGGGAUGCAGUUGUGGAUGGCAAUUGGCAAGUUCAGUAUUUCCUUCAGAUCUCAUUUAUGAAGGUGUGUUGGCAAUAAAAUCAGAUAAACCAAUCCAUGAUGUCAAGGAAACAAAAAUCAAGAAAGUGCAAUUUGCAACCUGUGAAAACUUUAUGCGAGGCUAUUACUGUUCCCCUUGCUCUGAGGAAGAAUGUCAAAUUCAUGCUGAUUUUAUCUUUCUGUAGAAUAACUGUAUAGUUGCGCUACACAAAGCAUUGCUAAUAACAACCUCGAUCCUGUAAUGCAAGAGUACCCUAGUUCCCACCUGAUAGAAUUUUUCUUAUUACAGUUUGCACUAAUCAUUCCAUCCAUUUUUAAGAGUUGAAUUUCGUUUGGACUUAAGGAAAUGUAAGAAACCAGGUUGACUCCAGAAGAAAAAAAAAUGAGUUACCUUGUAAAAGGCACAGUACAAGCACAUGUUAGUGAAAAGUGGAUACCUGAAACCCUAAUUCUUAUUUGUUUCA